AUGUCGCUUUAUACAGGGAAGCUAUGCCUCGCUCCUAUGGUUAGGAGUGGAGAGUUGCCCACUAGAUUGAUGGCACUUAAGUAUGGUGCAGAUUUGGUAUGGAGUCCGGAAAUUAUCGAUAAAAAGCUCCUUAAAUGUGAAAGAGUUGUUAACGAAAAUUUGGGCACUGUGGAUUUUGUGGAAGUGGGUGGAAACUACAAGAUACCUGGAGUAUCUAAUCUAGUUUUCAGAACUUUACCUAAAGUAGAAAGUGGCAAGUUGAUUUUUCAAAUAGGUACUGCCAACCCGGAACUUGCCGUGAGUGCAGCAAAGAUUGUAGCCAAGGACGUUGACGGUAUAGACGUUAAUGCCGGGUGUCCUAAACCGUUUUCGACUCAUUCGGGGAUGGGUGCUGCGUUACUAAGUACCCCAGAUUUAUUGGAAUCCAUUUUAAAGAAUCUAGUCAGCCAAGGAAAGAUCUUUAACAUACCGAUCAGUGUGAAAAUUAGGUUAUUGGAUGACAAGGAUCCUCAGCCUACUGUGGAGUUGGUGGACAGAUUGUGCAAGACCGGUAUCACCAACUUGACGCUACACUGCAGAACAAAGGAUAUGCGAAACAGACAAAGCCCUGUCAGAGCAUUCUUACCUGAGAUUAUACGCACUUGUCACUCAAACAAUGUUAGUUUUAUUAUCAAUGGAGCUAUCACUAAUAGGCGUGAAUACGAGGAGUUGCAGUCCCAAUACGGGGCUGAUAUUGGCUGCAUGAUUGCCGAGGGAGCAGAGAGCAAUCCGACGUGUUUCAGCUUGCAGCCAUUAACAUGGAACAAGGUAGUAAAAGAAUUUAUUGAAACUGCCGAACUGGUUAGCAAUUACGCUGGUAACACGAAGUACGUGAUAUUGAAUCAAAUCCCAGGAAAGUCUCCGUUCUAUCAAAGAUUCGCAAGAGGUAAAACCAAUCAAGAAUUGUUAUCUAUUGCAAAUGAAAUAGGGGAAAGCGGAAACAAAAUUGUUACGAAAGUGCUUCAGAAAAUUGAGCUUAUUGAAACAAAGAAGGAGUUACCCAAGCAGAACGGCAAGAGAAAGUUAGAAGAGGAAGAUGAAGCUCAAAAGGAAAAGGAAAAUGUGAUUCUAACGAAGAGAAAAUUGGAGCAUAAGGUAGAACUAAACGCAGAAAAGGUCCAUCAAGUAGCCUCUCCUUUAUAG